UUGAAUAAGCACUCCACCAUCAGGCAACAAAUACUAUUACAUACAAUCGAGUAAAAUAUCAUAAAAAUAAGCUUUUUUCAAGCUUGUGCAAAAGCACUCUCCCCAUGUGCAACUGACCUACUCGUUGCAUUUAACGUACGGCUAGACAAUAUGACCAUUUCAUAGCUUCAGAUGAAUAAAUAACUCUAAACGAUAAGACAACCACAGGAAUCACGGUAAUGGCAGACAACAAAAGCUUUGCAGAAGUAAAGAAUAAAAUUCUUUCAGCUCAUAAAAACGCUGCGCCGGAGGAUAAGCUUGGGUUCUACAACACCUGGGCUGAGAACUAUGAACAGGAUGUGGCAGUGUUGGACUACCGUGCUCCUCUUUUGGCUGCAGAAUGCAUCGCUUCAUUCUUCAAGGGUGAUAAAGGAAGAGCUAUUAUUUUGGAUGUGGCUUGUGGGACAGGGUUGGUCUCUGCACAUCUGAGGAGAAUGGGGUUCUGUCAGUUUGUUGGAGUGGAUGGAAGUGAGGGAAUGUUGGAUCUGGCCAGGAAAACGGGACUCUAUCAGGAGCUUAAGCAGUGCAUGCUGGGACAGGACACCUUGCCAGUGCAAAAUGAGUCAUAUGACAUUGUUGUAAUCGUCGGAGCUCUGAGUGUUGGUCAGGUGCCAGUGGGAGUCAUCAGGGAGCUCUGGCAGGCCACAAAGCCAGGAGGUUACGUAUGCAUGACUACAAGAGGGAAUGCAGAUAAUCAAGAUUACAAGAAAGAGAUGGAACGCAUGGUGAGAAUGAUGGAGGAAGAAAAGAGGUGGAGUCGUGUAACUGUCAAUGAAGUGGAGAAGUGGGAAAGGGCUGUGUCUGAACAUGAGAGUGGGUAUAUACCAGGAACUGUCUAUCUGUAUCAGAGAACUUAUUAAAGAGUCCCCAGUUUCAGAAGAGUUCUGCAGAGGAAUUGGUUUAAAAGCAGAAAAGUGGGCAAACACUGGGAUGUCCAAAUAACAGCAGUGCUACAAAACUUUACAUACUUAAUUGUAGUUUUUUUUUUCAUUCUUGCAAUGCCAAGGAUGUUUUGCAUGAAUUAAAAUUCUGUUGAAAGCAUCUGGUAAUAAUUCAAUGGUAAUAUAAUUAUGUUUUCUUUGAUAAAAUAUUUUGAGUGUUGGAAGUGUUGGUAGAGACGGUUUGCAAGAUUCUAACUGCCUCUUACAAAGAAAGUAGGAACAGGCUAGAAGUCAAGUUGAGCUAAUAACCGGGACAGGUGAAAACAACUUUCAUGAUUGUCUAAAUGAGCACAGAAUUAAUUUUAAAUCAUAGCUUCCCAUUGAUGGCAUUUAUAAUAAGCCCUGGACUUACUAUAAAACUGUUAUUGUAACAAAAGUGAGUUUUAAAAAGCACAUAAUGUGGUGGUAAGGCUUUUUGCACAGGAAGUAUUUUAGCUGAAUAAGUAAUCUUUUAUUUUCUUUUGCAUCUGGUGCAUUUUUCUUCUGAAGAAGCUAAAAGGAGUCCUCAGCCUACAUUGCUUGCUCCCAGAUUAAUAUGAUAGUGGGCCUAUUCUUCUCAAACAUUCUGACUAUCUGACUAGAAAUAUGAAAUGUGAUGUAAAACCGAAAGGCUUAUCAGUAUUUGUUUCUCCAUAUAUUGACUGAUGUUUCCAUGAAUUUGUCCGGCAGCUGUAUUUCCAUUUCAAUCAAUUAAUGCAUGUUGAAAUAUUUAGAAAAUAUGCGCUCUUCUGCCUGCAAAACAUUAGGUGUACAAGGUUUUAAACCAGCAUUCACAAAGAAAGAGGUCAAUAGCCUCUUUGACAGAGUCAACAAAACUGUAGGUUGGUAGGCUUUUUCCCACCACUAGAUGGGAGCGACUACAAAAAAAUGUAGUUUUUGAUGAGGGUUUUGUUUGUCAGUCAUGCUGCUUUUACUGAUUCUAAAUCAGUCAACCAUAAUGAUUUUAGUCAAAUAAGGAAUGUGAUGUUUGAGGAAGUACAAAGCAGAGAUAAUUAGAUCUGCCAAGCUACUGUUUUCUACAUCUGAAUGAACUUAUAUCUGGAGAAAGCCACAGUAAGCCUUCCCCCAAAAAAUUCUUUUUGUAAGACGCUUAUUGUAACAAAAACUGGUUUUAAAAAGCACCUACUGUGGUAGUAGAGCUUUCUGCACAGGAAAGAUUUUAGCUGAAUACAUUAUCUUUUAUCUCUUUCUUCUACAUGUGGGUGCAUUUUUCAACAGUUCAAAACAGUAUCUUGUUCUCCCUCUUGAAAUUGUUAAAAAUGUGUUCAAAAAACAAAAGGCAAAAAGUUCUCAAUCCCUGUUUCAGAACCUGCUUAACAAAAGUAGUAUUUUGGAUGAUGGAACAAGAUCAAACAAAGAGCUAAAAAGUACAACUUUAUUUUUUAAAAAGAGUAUUUUAUUUGUAAUGUGUUCAGACAGUAAAGAUCAAACAUCUUCACAGAUGAUUGUAUUGAGCUGUGAAUAUUGAAACACACAGUACUAUGAAAACAUUGUGUGCCAAUGUUCACAAAGUAAACAUCUGAUGCAGUGAAACUCUUUUUGAAUCUUUUUGAAUACUCAAAGUCCUCACGAAACGCAAACCACUUCCGCAGGUUCACUCUCUGUUGAACCGGUUUGGCCUGGGACACUCUUUCACUCCUGGGGCCCAAUUUAUCAUGAACCGAUAAUAGAGGAGGAAGAAGACAAAGGGGCUUUACAGUCCAAACAUUGUCUAUCUUAACUUAGCUUGGAAGUAGCUAGUGGCCAUAGCGAGAGCUCUUUUUCCAUUUCAGAGUCAGCAUUUUGGUCUGUAAAGGCAGAAAAUUAGUGUUUUAUCUCACAGUAGUCUAAGUUGUGUCUAUAAGUGAGCUUAAUUCAAAGCUAUGUGUCAAUAUGUGAGCUUAAUUCAAAACAAAAACUAUUACAUAUACAGAUGCUUUUCUACAAUUAUAUAUACAUUUUAUGACACAGACAACACUCACAGUAUUUGCCUGCUAUGCAUCAAGAAACAUAUCACCCUGAAAUGUUGUCUAAAUAAGCUAAGUGUUAUAUUAUUUUGCAAAUUGUUACUUGACCUAAAUCUGUUCAACGUUUUAGCCUAUUAAAGGUAAUCCAUUUAAUAAAACAUGUCCAUCUCUGAGCUGAAUGUUAGGCUUGCUAUUAUCAGGUAUUUAUUUCAGCUGGAUUAUAUAAGCUUGUUUUUUUUUUAAGUGCCUUUUCCACUGGACUGUUCAACUGUGACUGUUAAAUUGUCUUUCUUAGUGGCUUGACAGAUUC